AUGGAAGGUACACUGGAAGAACCAGUGGUCAAAGACCCGUCUUGUGACAGUGAUGUAGCCAAAGAAAACCCCGAAGAAAAUCAGGAUGGAGAGGAGGAAGAAGAAGAUGAGGGUGAUGAUAAAAAGUGUGAUGAAGAAGAGGUAAUUGAGGGAGAGCUUGAGGAAAACAAAGAGUACGAAACUAUGGACGUCGACAAUCAGGAUAACUCAGAUGUCGAGUGUCUUGAUGAAGACAACGCUCCAGAAAAUCUCAUGGAGGUGGAUGUUGAUCAUGAAAUGAAUGAUGGUGGUGGUGAUGAUGAUGAUGAUGAUGAUGAUGAUGAUGAUGAUGUCGAGGGUGACAAACAGGAAGACGAUAACCAGGACGAGCAUGUGCAAGACAGCGACGGUAUUCAGGAAAUUGAUAAUGUCCAGAUUAUUGACGACGAACAGAAUGAGGAAGACGAUGACGUGAGAGCUGUUUCUGAGAGCAGCGAUGUUCAGCAACUUAAUGACAGUAUUGUUUCUGUUUCAAGCACUGGAUCAGAUUUGAAAAUUUGUGAGGAGAACGGCAGCAUUGGAAGUCCGGACAUCGAGGAGAUAACAGACCCCAAAAGCAACGGCCCCAACAAGAACAAUUUAGAGCGCACCCCGGUAAAAGAGUCGAAGUCGAAAAAGGCGCGCAAACAAAUAGACUUGAGCAACAUAACUCCUCGGCGCAGUUCUCGCAAUAUUAAGCGCACGAGUUAUAUCGAAAAGGAGCCCGAGGAGGAGGUCGAGGUCGACAACUCCUCGGACAUCGAGGAAAUAAAGCCAGAGGAUCCUCUCGCGUGUAUCGAUAGUAGUGUUAGUAUUAGUUUGACUAGUAGUAGUAGUAGUAGUAGUAAUAAUCAUAAUAAUAAAGAUAAAGAAAAUUCAAAAUUAAAGUCGCCUAUUAAAUCAAGCAAGACGACGAUCGUUGUCAACGACACUAAACGUCUUGUUGAAAUAGCCGCCAGCAGCAACAAAUCUUCUAAAGGAGGCGGCAAAAAAGAGCCGACUUUGGUUAUUAUUGACACUAACUCUAUUCUCUCCGGACGUGGAGGAAUUCCUAUUGGUAGCAGCCACAGUUCCAGCAGCUCCAGUAAAUCUUCUCACCACCAUUCGCUAAACACUUCUGGAUUCUCAGUACUGCCAGUUAAUUUGAGCACCACCCAGACAAUGUACCCAAAUAUGCGGACGACAAUAACUCCAGUGCCGAUGACCUCCAAAACAACUGGACACCCGAGAAUACCCAGCAGUAUAACAGCUGUUCCUACGACAGUCACCUCUGUGUCGAGUUCCCCGUCGGCCUCGGCCUCUCAAAUCCUCCCGACAUUGACCGAUGACAUGUUUGUCGUAGAAGCACCGUCCUUUAUCGUCCCCUAUGUAUACGAGAAGCCCCCGAUAAAGCCGCUCAAGGAGUUUGUCACCAAGCUGGAAAAGUGCAUCGAGGAGGUAGAUCGCGAGGAGAAGGCAGCAAAAGCCGCGAAAAAAGAAGCCAAGAAAGCUGAAGGAAAUCGCGACUCUUCAUCAGAGUCCGGCAAGUACGACAGCGACGACGGGGGCAGUGUCAAGAGCGUGUCCAGCAGGAAAGAAGGCGGCAGCAAUGCCAACGAUUCGAUUGAGUGUUUGGGCGAGACUAAACCAUUUGAGGAUAAAAAUAAAAUGCUGACUUACUUUGAUUUGCCUCUGGGUAAAUUUUUCAUGCAAAUUGGGGUCAAUCUUGUCCAAGAGUUUGUCCAGACGGAUUUGCUGCGCUCGCAAAAGCGUAGGCAGGGCAAGACCAACCCUUCUGCGGAGACCCAGAUGGCAAUUAAUUCGCUGAUUAAGAAUCUAGAGUUUAGUAAAGAAAACAAUGAACCAUUCCACUUAGAUAUGAAAAAGUGCGAGUUUUGUAAUUUUAAAACAGAGUCUGCUUUGGUCAUGCAGCACCACUUGGAGACACCUCACAUGCGAAACUACGUGUAUAAAUGUAAUUUCUGUCCUUUGGAGGUGCGCAGCCCCCAUGACAUUCUCUACCACAUGGAAGCCGAGCACAACACGCGUGGAAGACUCGAGCGCGGCCCGGCAUUCCACCAGUGCCCCAAUUGCCCCUUCGAGGACAACCAAAAGGGCAAACUGACGCGGCAUAUUCUUGCAUGUGCCAAGAAGUUCAGGCCAGAACGUAACCUCGAGCCCUCUACUGACUGGGAACCCCCGGCGAAGAUACCCAGACUGAACCGCUCGAGACAAAUCAAUCCUAUGAACACCAACGCAGCUCUGGCGUUGGCUAUGAGUGCUAAAGGACAGCAGCCCUUGUUACCCAAGUUGUUACCCGCUCCGGUGUCCGGCCGUGGCCGAGGACGACCACCCAUGCAGCCUAGAUACUCUGAUAUCAAGUCGCUGAGACCCGGUGGUACGCCCGGGCGACAAGAUAAUGUCACUGGAAUGAUGUACCGGCCGACGUCAUCUGGGCUCUUAGUACCUACUUCUUAUCAAUUUGGUGGCAAUCAAGUAUUCCAGAACUCGUCAACGUGUGUUAAAAAUCCAGCGGCUAAGUUGUUGAGUCAGCCGAGUAUAUCGAUAACACCGUUGCCUCGCACUACUCAAGCACCUAUUUCAAGCUCUGGAUCACCGUCUAAAGCUGGAAAAACUAGUUUUGUCAUUUGCGAAAUUUGCGACGGUUAUAUCAAGGACUUGGAACAACUGCGUAAUCACAUGCAAUGGAUUCAUAAAGUUAAAAUACAUCCAAAGAUGAUUUAUAAUCGGCCACCAUUGAACUGCCAAAAAUGUCAAUUUAGAUUCUUUACAGAUCAAGGAUUAGAGAGACAUUUACUUGGAUCUCACGGACUUGUUACAUCAAGUAUGCAAGAAGCUGCUAAUAAAGGAAAAGAUGCCGGACGUUGUCCAGCUUGUGGCAGAGUAAAUAUAAAUAAAAAUAAAUUUUUAUUAAUAAUUUUUAAAUUUAUUGUAAAUUUUAAACAAUUAUUUUUUUUUUUUUUUUUUUUUUUUUUUUUUUUUUUUCAGGUUUAUCAGUGGAAAUUACUAAACCACGUAGCACGAGAUCACGGAAUGACGUUGAAGCCCGCACACUUAUCGUACAAAUGUACAGUUUGCACUGCGACAUUUGGAAUGUACAAGCAAUUUGAAAACCACGUGUACUCAGCACAUAGUGUUGUUGCGAAGCGGGUUAUGGACAAGAAAAACGCCCCGUCAACGCCGUCAUCUAGAUCCAAUGACUCGUUGCUUAAGCCAUUGAAAAUAAACGACGAAAUAACAAUAAUACCACAGCCAGCAAAGUCCACAAGAUCGAGUAGUUCUUCACAGGGACGAAGCAAAUAA